AUGUUCGGUCGAUCUAUCACGGCAGUGCUGGCGAUCGCACUGCUCAAUGGUGGCCAAGCAAGACUGUCAAAUCAAGGCUCUGGGUCUGAACCGAUCGAUACAUCAAAGUAUCGAUUUCUGAACGACAAGACCAAAUCUCAUGUGGUAGCAAGCCUACCAGAUGUUCAUUACGAAUUGGGAGAAAUGUACUCGGGGUUCAUGCCGAUCCGUGAAAAUGAUGCCUUGUUUUAUAUCUUCCAGCCGAAGAUCGGGGAGCCAAGUGACGACCUCACAGUUUGGUUGAAUGGUGGACCGGGAUGUAGUUCAAUGCAGGGGUUUUUGCAAGAGAACGGCCGCUUUACCUGGCAACCCGGUACCUACGAACCAGUCAUUAAUGAGUACUCAUGGGUUAAUCUAACCAAUAUGUUAUGGGUCGACCAGCCGGUUGGAGUUGGGUACUCAAAUGGUACGCCGACUGCGACCAACGAAGAGGAUAUCGCGGCCGAUUUCGUCAGCUUUUUCCAAAAGUUUCAAGAAGAAUAUGGUAUCAAGAACUUUCGAAUCUUCUUGACUGGUGAAAGUUAUGCGGGUCGAUAUGUGCCCUACAUAUCCGCUACCAUGCUUGACAAGAACGAUACAGAACACUUCAACCUCAGCGGAGCUCUGAUGUAUGAUGCGUGCAUCGGCCAAUGGGAUUAUAUUCAAGCUGCACUCCCUGCUUACCCCUUCGUUAAACAACAUGCCGAGCUGUUCAACUUUAACCAAUCAUUCAUGACGGAGCUACAAGAUACCUACAAGCAAUGCGGCUACGAGGGAUAUUUUGAAGAGUAUUUCACUUAUCCGGCCUCGGGAGUACAACCUCCCAAAUAUAUGGACUACUCCGAGUGCGACAUCUACAACAUGAUCUACUACGAAGCUUUUACUCCAAACCCCUGCUGGAGUCCUUACAAGAUCAGCCAAACAUGUCCACUCUUAUGGGAUGUCCUAGGCUUCCCCACAGACGUGGCCUAUCAACCAGGUCCCACAACCUAUUUCAACCGCACAGAUGUCAAGAAGGCUCUACAUGUUCCAGAGAAUAUCGACUGGGAGCUCUGUAGCUUUGAUAGUGUCUUCGUGAGCCCCAAUCCGGGACCAGAACAACAAUAUGAUGACUCUGUGAAUCCCACAGAGCAUGUCUUGCCCCGGAUUAUCGAGGCGACGAAUCGGGUACUGAUCUCGAACGGAGAUUGGGACUAUCUAAUUAUCACGAAUGGAACGUUGCUGGCGAUCCAGAACAUGACCUGGAAUGGCGAGCUAGGAUUCCAGACUCGUCCUACCACUCCCAUUCAUAUCGACAUGCCUGACUUUCAAUACGGUGCGGUCUUUGAUGCCCAAGAGGGAUAUGGCGAUCUCGAUGGACCACAAGGGAUGAUGGGGGUUCAACACUAUGAACGUGGUUUGAUGUUUGCGGAAACCUUCCAAGCGGGUCACCGACAGCCUCAGGAUCAAGGUCGAGUGUCUUAUCGUCAUGUCCAGUGGUUGUUGGGUGAGGACGAUCAUCUUUGA